AAAGAGUGUCUCCUACAACUACUGUUCCCGGGAUGGAGGAUGACUUGCUUCCACUCAGGUUUUCUGGGGUUUGAGGAGACUGAUUCUUCCAUAGAUGGGCGAGGAGGUCCCUGGUGGAACUUCUUUGAAGAUGGCUAUUGGUGGAAAAUGGACAUUGAAACUUGGAAACAGAAUUUUCUUUACAGACAUCAUGGUGAACAUGACUCUGUUGUGGGUAUUUGCUGUAUUAACUUGUCUUUUCACACCUGCUGCUUGUGUAAUGUCAAAGAGGGCAGAAACAUUUUUAGUGAAUUGUUCAGGAAUUGGAUAUCCACUUUCUCCUUGUACCCUGGGGCCAGACACAGAGAAGUUGGAUCUCUCUUACAACAACAUCAAAAUAAUUCAACGGCAGAACUUCCAAAAUCUUACCAAGCUGAAAAUACUGUUUCUUCAAUUCAAUCAGAUCACCAAAAUAGAACCCGGAUCAUUUGCAAAAAAUUCAGAACUACAGUAUCUUGAUCUUUCAAAUAAUUUUCUGCAGGAUAUUUCAGUCUUGCCAUUUAACAAUCUCCAAUCAUUAACACACCUGGACAUUACCAACAACAGGUUUGAAACAGCUAACUUUGGAGCAGAGAUCAGCAAACUGCAGAAACUGCAUACUUUACGUUUUGGAAAUACUUGGCUUUCUUCCCUGAAUUCUAGUACCUUAUUUUUCCUUCAUGGAAUCCCAGUUAAGGAGAUCUAUUUGAUCACUGGAGAACUGCAGACAUAUGAACCUGGAACACUCAAUAUCCUGCAAAGCAUGGAGAAGCUUUCUUUAGAUUUACAGUUUGGGCAACAACCACAAUUAUUGAUUAAUAUUUUCAAGGAUAUUCCAAUAUCAACCACCACAUUGGAAAUCCUAAAUACUGAUAUGGUCAAGUAUGGUAAAAAUGUAGAUCUGUUCUUUCCUUUAAAAAAAUCAAAUGUCUCAACAUUAGUUUUACGGAAUAUUAGCAUAGAUGAUUCUUUGACUACUUAUUUAUUUACCAGUGUCCUGAGCUCACACAUAAAAGAAUUAUAUUUGCACACUAUUACAAUGAAUGGCAUUGGCAAAUGGAACGUACAGACUGUAUCAGCAGAGAAGAUUAAUUUGCGUAGAGUUUCUAUAAUUGACGUAACUAAUCCAAAUUUCUACAAAUUUUAUUCACUUGAAUAUUUACUUGAUAUAUUUUCACAACUGCGUGAGUUAACAAUAAUAAAGGGGAGCUUGUUCUAUGUCCCAUGUAAGGUAUCAGAAAUUAUGACUAAUUUAAGAUAUUUGGAUUUAUCUUCCAACUUACUUCAAGUACCCACCUUUGUUCCUGAAAAAUGUUCAGUUCCUUUCCCCAAUCUUAAUACCCUCAUUCUAAACAAGAACCAAUUUACAAAUCUACCAAGACUCAGUAGGGUCACAGCUAAAUUGAAGAGCUUGUCCAGUAUAAGUGUUAGUUAUAAUGAUCUACUCCUGCCCAAUGGACAGACUUGUACAUGGCUUCAAACAAUGAAGCACAUGGAUUUAUCUCACAAUACCCUGGAAGGAAAUGUGUUUGAAUGCUUGCCAGCAUCACUGGAAUCACUAGACUUGAGUUACAAUUCCAUUGCCACUGUGCCAAACCUCAAAAGACUGAAAAAUCUCCGGGAAAUUUUUUUGACAGGAAACGUCAUUAUCUCUUUUCCUGAAAUCGCAGGGGGUCACUCACUGAAAAUUUUGCAUAUUGACUACAAUAAAAUAAACAACAUAAACAUGGGCUCAUUACAGUCCUUGGAUCUAACAGAGCUCGAUUUGAGCAAUAACCCCUUUGAAUGUUUCUGUGGAAUUCAGUCAUUCUCCAAUUAUAUUCAACAGACAGACACAGAGGUUCUUAAUUGGCCAGACCAGUAUCAAUGUGACAGUCCACGAAAAUUCAGAGAUCAAGUUAUCAAAUAUCUGAAAUUUUCUCCCAUUGAGUGCAACAUCCCCUUAUUUAUUGGGAUCCUGGUGGCAUGUAUAGCAAUUUUAGUUGCUGUGUGUGUUAUGUUGUGUAUUAAGUAUAAUGUUACCUGGUACAUACGUACACUCUGGCUUUGGCUCAAGGCUAAAAGAAGUCUAGACGUCAGCCAGGUUCAAAACAAUUAUGAGUUCAAUGCUUUUAUUUCAUACAGUGAACAUGAUGCCUUAUGGGUGAAGAACAAUUUGUUGGUACAGCUGGAGAACAACGAGCCUCCAUAUCGCAUUUGCAUCCAUGAAAGAGAUUUCAAACCUGGAAAGCCAAUCAUUACUAAUAUCAUUGACUGCAUAUCAAAAAGCUACAAAACCAUUUUUAUCCUUUCAAAAAACUUUGUGCAAAGUGAAUGGUGCCACUAUGAACUUUUCUUUGCCCACCAACAGGUGUUUGAUGAUAAGGAGGAUUGUCUUAUCCUGCUCCUGUUAGAACCUAUUCCAAAGAAUUCUAUUCCAGAUCGAUUUUGCAAACUGAGGAAGCUGAUGAAUAGCAACACCUACCUGGAGUGGCCUCAGAAUGAGUUUCAACAGGGCUUCUUUUGGAAAAGAUUGAAAGCUGUCCUGAAUUUGGAUUUCCAUUCAUGCAGUUCUACAAGAGAGCAUAAUAAAGGGGGCCAAUUAGAUCCUUGAGAAAUCACAGAGAUAUAAAGUCAUAGAGUUGUACAGCAUGGAAACAGGCUAUUUGGCCCACCACAUCCACACCACCCAGUGGGCACUUAUCUGCACUAAUUCCAUCUCUCAGCUCUUGGCCCAUAUCCUCCUAUGCUGAAGUGAUUCAAAUGCUCAUGAUUAAAGAUUAUUCUAGAAUUAUGGAAUUAUGUGAAAAGCAGGUAUUAAUUAAAAUGCAAACCAGUUUUUCAAGAAAACCUUUUAACUUCCACUGUUACUUUGAGGCCAUCAAAACCAAUCAUUGGUUUUGGGACAUUCUGAUUCGUGAUUGUAACUACGCAGGGGAAGACAAUAGAUGAAUGUUCAUGUCAAUUGGCCCUCUGGUGAUGACAUCAGGGAAGGCAUUAAGUGGCCAUCUUCUGUAUAUACACAAAGAUAUAUCCCUGCCACUUAAUAUACAGUUCAGGUUAUCCAUUUUGUCACUUAAUAUUCCAGCUGUUAGUAUAUUCAGGGAGCCAUCCUUCAGCACUGUAAUAAAAGAGGUAUAUUUUGGGUGUCUGGUGUUUUGCACUCAGAAUCCCUUCGACCAGCCAUUGGUAUUUAAAUAUUCAAAGGACUUAUGCUGGUUGGGAUAUGCUCCCAUUGUAAAUACAUUAUUCUGCAAAAGUUACCUGUCUAUACGAAAAGUAUUAAAGUAGGUAAUUAUAGCCAUUGAAACUGUGGUUAAUUGUUUACUGUUGUCUUUGUGUUUAAAAAAUAUAAAAUAAAACUGUGCUGUUGAGUGUGGGGAGAGGAGAAAUGUAUUCUCCAGUAGCCCUGUUGUGAUGAAUAAAGAC